UCAUGUCGCAGUACAAUCUAUUUAUUUUUCAGUGGAUGCAACCUUACCUAACUGAAACAUUGAUAUGUUUCCAGGUGACACAAUUUUGAGCUUCUUUCUCAUAGCUCAGAUUUCUAUUGGUGUCAUGGCCAAUUCAUUUCUCUUCAUUAUCUAUAUUUAUGCCUUCCUAAUCAAGCCUCAGCUGAAGAAGCCCAUAGAUUCCAUUUUCAUGCACCUGACAGUGGUCAAUAUUAUAACCAUCGUGUUCCAGUCAAUACCAGACAUAGUGUCAUCCUUUGGAGUCAAACGUUUCUUAGAUAAUGUUGGCUGUCAAAGUUUUUUUUACAUCUACAGAGUCACCCGGGGUCUCUCCAUCUGCACCACCUCUCUCCUGAGUGUAUUUCAAGCCAUCACUAUCAGUCCCAGUCAUUCUAAAUGGGCAAGGCUGAAAUCUAAGUUGUCUACCUGGAUUUUCCCCUCUUUCCUAAUCUUCUGGAUCAUCAACAUGCUGAUCUACAUCCACAUCAUUGAAACUCUAAGAGCCAAAUGGAAUUUCACUGUCAUUGGUCAUGGGUUUGUUCAUGCGUACUGUCAAACCAGGCAGUCUGGAGAUCGCCAUUCAGGGUCAUUUGUAAGUGUCAUGUUGACUCGUGAUUUCCUGUUCAUGGCACCAAUGAUCGUGUCCAGCCUCUACAUGGUGGGGCUCCUCUACAGACACCACAGGAGAGCCCGGCACAUCCACAGCUCCAGCCUUUCCAGGCAGACGUCUCCAGAAAACAGAGCCACCCACACUAUCCUUUUGCUAGCAUUUUGUUUUGUGUUCUUUUACUGUUGCAACAACUUUGUGUACAUUUAUGCAUUUUAUAGACCCGAGAAAGACUCAAGAUUGGAGGACAUUAAUGGAAUAUUAUCAUCAUGCUACCCAACAUUCUGCCCAUUUUUGCUGAUGAAAAAUACCAAAAAUAUUCCCAAAUUGACUUCUUGCCUUUAAUGAGAAUGCCUUUUUCUGCAAGAGCUUUCCUUGGUUGAUGUGACAUCAUUUACUCCAGAGGAGUCUAUAAAGAUUUUAUCAGGAAACAAAGGCAGGUGACCAUGGACCUAAUCUCACUUGAAGUAUUCGGCUCACUUAAAAAACACAUUUCAAAAAUGUUAAAUUGAAUCAAUAUAUAAAUUUUCAAACUGUAUACAUGUUUAAGUUAUGCUGUGGGUGUAAUUAACGUAUUGUCUAUUAUUAAAGCUAGUUACUUCUUUUAAUGCACCUACUGUAAAAUGCAGAAUUGUAUUUGGCAUUUGCAUCAGAUUUGUUCAGCUGUGCUGCUCCUAAGAACUUCCUUCUUCACUUACAAAAUUUUAACACCCAGGUCUCAUUUUUCAGGGACUUGGAUAGAUGCUGGCUGUGUAUCAAGUGACCUCAGGAGAUAAAACACAGGAAUUCCUAAAGAAUGGGAUGCAGGAAAAAUAGAUGGCCCUGUGUAAAGAGCUCAGAAAACAGAGGUGAUGAAGAUGGGAAAUCUAGGAGGUUCAUUGUUUAACAAUGAAAUGCAGGGGUGUCCCCCAGCAUGUGCAUAAAUCCUUCCAUCAAGAUCCCCUCCCCUUCUCAUGCUCAUAUCUGUGUUAUUAGGAUCCAGUCCCUUGUGCUGUCCAGGAGUUGUGUGCUGCAGUUAAAUACCCACCAGCAAUGGCCUAAGGCUUUCCCAGUGGUUGGGUUGUAGAGACUUUCAGUGUAUUUACUUCAUAAAAUCUUUUGAAUAAAUAUAAUUUUUUCCCAAUUUCAUCUUCCCUGUCUUAAAG